GGCGGAGCUCUGGCGCGUACCAGGACGCAGCUCAGCUGUGCCGACCUCUGCUCCAGCUCAGAUACAUGUGGGGCUUGCUUUGAUGAAACCAGGCGGAUCACCUGCUCUGCUGCUCUCACCACCAUCACUACACCCUCUGAUGGAAUCACAAGCCCUUCAAGGCAAGACACUGGUAGCUAUCCACAGAUGACGUUGGUACAGCAUCAUUUACCAAGUUGGUGCGGAACACAUCACAUGGAAGCUUUCGAAGAACCUAUCAUACAACACGUUGUUGAGUAGAAUCGACAAGAGCAUUUUCUACCAAGCCUCCGUCGUAGGAAGGUAACGUGAUGAAAGUAGGAAGUGUGUGUGAGCUGGUGUGACUUCAGCAUCAUGGAUCAGUGUGAGGACAGAGAAGAAGGGGUCCAUCCCACUAAAACCAGUCCGUGUGGGGAACACAAGAACCAGAGCAAAGCUCGGAGGAACCAACCUGCACUUGGACCUGGACAUGGACCUGCACCUGGGUCUGAAAACGGACCUGAACCCAGCUUGGUGUCUUUUAAGAGUGACAAAUCAAAAGAUCUUGGGCUUAGUUUUAAAAUGGACCAACCUUCGUGUGCCAGCAGAGUGGACCAGCAGAGCUCGGAGCUUCCCACUGGUCAGUCUGCCCAGCAGCAUCAGACACAGCUGGACUCCAUAUUUAUGCUGCUGAAGGAAAACAUUGUCACCUUUGUGGAGAAGGAACUGAAGACAAUCCAGAAGCUUCUGAGUCCAGAUUACCCAGAAUGCUUGGAGAGUCAGAGGGAGAGGGAGGAGGAUAAAGAGCAGAAGAGCAGCAGAGAGGCCUUUGUGAAGAUCACAGUGGAUUUCCUGAGGAGGAUGAAGCAGGAGGAGCUGGCUGAGCGUCUGCACAGCAGAACUCCUUCGACCUGUAUAGGUCAUCAUAAACACUACCUGAAGGAGAGGUUCCAGUGUGUGUUUGAGGGUUUCGCUAAAGCAGGAAACCCAACCCUUCUGAACCAGAUCUACACAGAGCUCUACAUCACAGAGGGAGGAACUGCAGAGGUCAAUGAUGAACAUGAGGUCAGACAGAUUGAAACAGCAUCCAGGAAACCAAACAGACCAGAAACAACCAUCAGACAAGAAGAUAUCUUUAAACUCCCACCUGGAAGAGAUGAACCAAUCAGAACAGUGAUGACAAAGGGAGUGGCUGGCAUUGGGAAAACUGUCUUAACACAGAAGUUCACUCUGGACUGGGCUGAAGACAAAGCCCACCAGGACAUCCAGUUCUUGUUUCCACUGACUUUCAGAGAGCUGAAUGUGCUGAAGCAGAGGAAGUUCAGCUUGGUGGAACUUGUUCAUCACUUCUUUACUGAAACCAAAGAAGCAGGAAUCUGCAGCUUUGAAGAGUUCCAGGUUGUCUUCAUCUUGGACGGUCUGGAUGAGAGUCGACUUCCUCUGGACUUCCAUAAAACUAAAGUUCUAACCGACCCUAAGAAGUCCACCUCAGUGGAUGUGCUGCUGACUAACCUCAUCAGGGGGAACCUGCUUCCCUCUGCUCGCCUCUGGAUAACCACAAGACCUGCAGCAGCCAAUCAGAUCCCUCCUGACUGUGUUGGCAUGGUGACAGAGGUCAGAGGGUUCACUGACCCUCAGAAGGAGGAGUACUUCAGGAAGAGGUUCAGAGAAAAGAAUCAGGCCAGUAAGAUCACCUCCCACAUCAAGACAUCACGAAGCCUCCACAUCAUGUGCCACAUCCCAGUCUUCUGCUGGAUCACUGCUACAGUUCUGGAGGAUGUGCUGGAAACCAGAGAGGGAGGAGAGCUGCCCAAGACCCUGACUGAGAUGUACAUCCACUUCCUGGUGGUCCAGACCAAAGUCAAGAAGGUCAAGUAUGAUGGAGGAGCUGAGACAGAUCCACACUGGAGUCCAGAGAACAGGAAGAUGAUUGAGUCUCUGGGAAAACUGGCUUUUGAUCAGCUGCAGAAAGGAAACCUGAUCUUCUAUGAAUCAGACCUGACAGAGUGUGGCAUCGAUGUCACAGCAGCCUCAGUUUACUCAGGAGUGUUCACACAGAUCUUUAAAGAGGAGAGAGGACUGUACCAGGAGAAGGUGUUCAGCUUCAUCCAUCUGAGUGUUCAGGAGUUUCUGGCUGCUCUUCACGUCCAUCUGACCUUCAUCAAGUCUGGAGUCAAUGUGAUGGAAGAAGAGAAACAAACAAGAAAUGUAAAACAUCUCCAUCAGAGAGCUGUGGACCAGGCCUUACAGAGUCCUAAUGGACACCUGGACUUGUUCCUCCGCUUCCUUCUGGGUCUUUCACUGCAGACCAAUCAGAGUCUCCUACGAGGUCUGAUGACACAGACAGGAAGUAGCUCACAGACCAAUCAGGAAACAGUUCAGUACAUCAAGAAGAAGAUCAGUGAGAAUCAUUCUGCAGAGAGAAGCAUCAAUCUGUUCCACUGUCUAAAUGAACUGAAUGAUCGUUCUCUAGUGGAGGAGAUCCAACAGUUCCUGAGAUCAGGAAGUCUCUCCACAGAGAACUUGUCUCCUGCUCAGUGGUCGGCUCUGGCCUUCAUCUUACUGUCAUCAGAACAAGAUCUGGAUGUGUUUGACCUGAAGAAAUACUCUGCUUCAGAGGAGGCUCUUCUGAGGCUGCUGCCAGUGGUCAAAGCCUCUAACAAAGCUCUAUUAAGUGGCUGUAAUCUGUCAGAGAGAAGCUGUGAAGCUAUUGCCAGGGUUCUUAGUACUCAGUCUUCUCGUCUGAGAGAGCUGGACCUGAGUAACAACGACCUCCAGGAUUCGGGAGUGAAGAAGCUUUGUGGUGGACUGGAGAGUCCUUAUUCUCAACUGGACACCCUCAGUCUGUCAGGAUGUAUGAUCACAGAGGAAGGCUGCGCCUCUCUGGCUGCAGCUGUUCGGUCCAACCCCUCCCACCUGAGAGAGCUGGACCUGAGCUACAACCAUCCAGGAGACUCAGGAGUGAAGCUGCUGCUGGCUGAGGUGGCGUGUCGGGAUCUGAGACUGGACACCGUCUGGUUGGAACCCGUUGGUGGCCAGUGGUUGACAUCAGGUUUGAAGAAGUAUUUCUGUGAGCUGCAGGUGGAUCUGAACACGGUGAACAGAAACCUCAAACUCUCUGGCAACAACAGGAAGGUGGCGCAUGUCGCAGAGCUUCAGCCGUAUCCUGAACAUCCAGACAGAUUUGCCCACUGGCCUCAGCUGCUGUGUGGAAACGUCCUGGCUCGCCGUUGUUACUGGGAGGUGGAGUGGAGAGGAAGAGUUGACGUUGCUGUGAGUUACCGAGGAAUCAGAAGAGGUGGAAACGGUAACGACUGUUGGCUUGGGAGGAAUGAUCAGUCCUGGAGUCUGAAAUGCUUUGAUGACGGUUACUCUGUCUGCCACAAUAACAGAAUCACAUUCGUCCGUUUACAGUCCUGCACCCCGUCCAUCGCUAACAGAGUAGCAGUGUAUGUGGACCGUCCUGCUGGAACGCUGUCCUUCUACAGAGUCUCCGACUCUCUGGCCCACAUUCACACCUUCACCACCACCUUCACUCAGCCUCUGUACGCUGGCUUCGGGUUUCUCGCUGACACCUCAGUGACUCUUUGUGAUGUGAUGGAGAAAUGACAAAGUGAGAGGAGUUCAUGGAUAGUUCUAUACAGGGAAGGAGGAAUGAUGUAGGUGUGUUAAUCAACUAAAGGUUAAGUUUGAACAUUAUAAUACACGAUAAAGACGGCGGUUUGCUGUGUGUAGGAACUUUUCAUUCAGCCGUGUUAAAACAAGCAGUGAUGAUGGAGGUUUUCUGUCCAGUAACAUAAAUGUUUGUAUUAAAGAUGACCAGUAUAAUUAGUACAAUAAGUACACAACAAUAAUUCAAAUUUUAAGGAAAACAAAACAAUUGUUUUUUAAUGUUUUAAUAUUUAUGCUUCCAAAUGUGGCUCAACAUUUUCUUCAUUUAUUAAUUUAAGUUUCUCUAAUUCUGUUUCUGCAUGCCAGAAUUAUACUUAUAGUUUAUUUUAAUAUGUACUGUAUGGUUUUAAAGGGUGGUAAAGGCCACAGCCACAGCCUUACUGGCCAUCCCAGUUUUCAGUCCAGUGAACACAGAUGUCAUAUUAAAGAUUUUUGGCCAACUAUAAGACAAAAAAGAAUUUAUUAGCAGAUAACGUUUAGAAACUAGUUAGAGGGGGUAUGGUUUAAGGUUUGGAUGCCCCUGCAACAAAAAAGUUUUUCUGUUUCAGUUUGUGGAAUUAAACCAUUGAAAAGUUUGAAUAUGGAGUCAAAAAAAUAUAACCUUAAAACAGUUUAAAGUAAAAUAUAAAGAGAUGGUACAGAAUCAUGUGUAAAGAUUACUAGCUGUCCACUAAGCAUUGAUAAGUGUUGAAAUCUUGAUUCCAUUCUGCUUUCUAACAUCUGGGUUGAAUAUAUUAUAUAUGUUAGAGUUUAUACAGGGUGCGGUUUGUGAAAUAACCAGAGGGGGAUCAUUCUGAUCAAUCUGAGCAACAUUUUGAUCAUUUUGAGGAAAAUAACAACAACAGCGGACCAACUGUAUAAAAAUGGUUGUUUCUCCUGUAAAUUAGCUGAACUCAGGUUAUGUAACCACGGCAGCAGGGUCUCUUUUUAAACUAGAACUGAACCCCUGCAUUUGCAGAAAUAUUUGCUCAUUAAAUUUGUGCCAAAUAAAAAAUAAAAUUCAUUAAAAAAAAAGUCCCUAUAUAAAAUAUGGAAAAUGUGCCACACUGUGCUGUCAAAAUGUUAUUUUUUCUUUUGUGGUUAGUUGGGUAGCUUACAGGCUGCUUUCCGGUUGGUGGAUCAGUAGCAGCUUCAACCACAUCUCCACACAUUUCCGGGCCAGGAAGGAGGCAGCAUUUGGUCCAUUUACGGUGAUGAGCAGCAGAUGGUUCAGUGUGGAAACUUUCUGUUCUGCCGCUGGUAAGAAUGCUGUUCAUCACACUGAAACCUCGUUCACACCGGCAGCGUGGAGAGCAGGUAGAACUUUCUGCAUGUUCUCUCCUGUGAGACGGAGACGUUUAAAUGGACGGAGCUCCUUCAGGAGUAGGACUGAGUUUUGUGGAUGGAGAGAAGUUUCUCAUCACGUAGAGGAUGCGCUCGUCUUCAUCAGAGGCCAGUUCGAUGGAAGAGCCGCAGCAGCAGAAAUGAUGCCGUUAUCGUCCAUUCAGCGCUCAGUGUUGUCAGCCAGGGAGACAAAGUCGCACGUAGCUGAAGAAGCCUCUGGCUGAAGCACCCCCGUUGAUUGAUCAGUGUGAGGUGCUGAAGGUAUGCAGUGUUGUACAACAUUUUUGUUUGCACUGUCAGCUGUGAUGCUGC